GCGCAUGCCUCCCCUAUAGUUAUCUUUACUUUCUCUUUUUUGCUUGCUUAUUCAUUCUUGAUUUGCCUCUGCAUUUCCCACUUAUUGCCAUUGCUAUCUUCUUAUUCACUUUUUAAUUUUGGGAAAUGGGCUGUUGUGGCUUUGACAAAUGGCGUCCCGUGAUGGCGGCAGCGGCGGUGGCGUUGGUGGUGAUUUUGAAUUUGGGUUGUGGGGUUGGAGGGGAAACCCAAGUUCCAUGCUACUUCAUAUUUGGGGAUUCUUUGGUAGACAAUGGAAACAAUAAUGAUAUUUCAUCGUUGGCCAAAGCCAAUUACCUUCCUUACGGGAUUGAUUAUCCUGAUGGACCCUCCGGCAGGUUUUCCAAUGGCAAAACCACUGUUGAUGUCAUUGCUGAGCUGUUGGGGUUCGACCAUCCAAUUCCGCCCUAUGCAACCGCAAGAGGUCAAGACAUACUAAAAGGGGUAAAUUACGCUUCUGCAGCCGCAGGAAUCAGAGACGAAACCGGCCAGCAAUUGGGGGGUAGAACGAGCAUGAACGGACAGGUGAAAAAUUACCAGAACACGGUGGCGCAGGUGGUGGAGCUGCUGGGAAGUGAGGAUUCCGCCGCUAAUUACUUAAGCAAAUGCAUAUACUCAGUGGGUUUGGGGAGCAACGAUUACCUCAACAACUACUUCAUGCCUCUCUACUAUUCCUCCGGCCAGCGGUACACCCCCGACCAGUACGCCGACGCUCUCAUUCGCGAUUAUUCUCAGCAAAUCAGGAUAUUGUACAACUAUGGAGCAAGGAGGAUAGCGAUGAUAGGGGUGGGAGAAAUAGGGUGCAGCCCAAAUGAGCUGGCUCAAAACAGCGACGAUGGGAAGACGUGUGUCCAGAAAAUUAACAGCGCCAACGAGAUUUUCAAUAACCGACUUAAAUCCCUUGUUGAUCAAUUCAACACGACUCUCCCCGAUGCAAAAUUUACCUACAUUAAUGUCUAUGGCAUGUUCCACGAUUUGAUCACCAACCCUUCGGCAUAUGGUUUUCGGGUGACGAAUACAGGGUGCUGUGGGGUGGGGAGGAACAAUGGACAAAUCACAUGUCUUCCAUUCCAAACUCCAUGUGAGAAUAGGAAUGAACACUUAUUCUGGGAUGCAUUUCAUCCCACGGAAGCUGCCAAUGUGAUUAUUGGAAAGAGAUCUUACGGUGCCGAGUCUCCCUCCGACGCUUACCCCUAUGACAUUCGCCACCUGGCUCAGCUCUAACUCUUAACUAGUUAGGGAUGCACGCGCAGCACUCACGAUUCCAGUUAGCCGGCGAUGGCUCUGAUAUGUAUAGUACACUACGUAUUUGUGUCAUGUAAUUUGUACUUUUUUUUUUCUUUUUAUUUGAUUUCUUGCUGUCAUGGUUUGCGGGGUGUUAAAUCGUUUUAUUCAUACAAGCUUGUAAUUCGAUAUUUUGUGUGAAGAUUGAUUGUGCUUCUAUCUAAGCACAAUUUAUGAUAUUAUUUUAAGAAAAAAAAAAAUUUUUUC